AUGUUCUUCUUUCUUAUUCUCCUUGAAUUUUCAAUAUAGAAUACAUGCACUAAAAAUUAUUUUAGAGAUAGAUCAAUUUUAAGGGGAAUUUACAAAGAUGUAGCUUCGGACUCAAAUGGUGGUUUCAUGGCAAAUCCCAGUGAUAUUGCUUUUUUAAUUAUGGAGAGUUCUCAAGCCCUUUAGGAGAUAAAAUUUAUCCAAAUUAAUCCGAUAUAUAUUUGGGUUAUUGAAGUUGUAGACGUUAUUAAUCAAUGA